UGUUUUGAAAAGUCUUGAUAUCCGGUCUGCGCACGCAGAUAUUUGAAAACAUACGGAGGGAACGGUGAAGUGUUUACCGAGCACCGGCAGGAAGGUGAGCACGCACUGCUGCUGUCUUUGUCUCGUUUAUUUAACAAACCUUCGCUGUCAGGAUUCAGUGACGUGUGUCGAACAAACAGUGGCCGUGCAGACGGGAUGCAAACAUCCGAGUCACACCGCGCAGACAAGUCUCAACAGUCGCUGGUUUUCUUCGACUUAGAGACAACUGGACUGGGUCAGAGUUGUGAGAUCGUCCAGCUGGCUGCAGUGAGUGGAGGCCACUCACUCAACCUUUACAUCAUCCCUCGGUGUCGAAUGCAGCGAGGAGCUUCCAAAGUGACUGGCUUCAGGGUCCGCAGACGGAGACUGUACCUCCAUCGACAACUAGUCCUUACCAACUCCCUGCGAGAGGUCCUGGUCUCCUUCAUAGCUUUCCUUCAAAUGCUCGGGCGCCCACUUGUCGUUGGCCACAACAUUCGCCGCUUCGACUGUCCACUGCUGGCUCGAGCUCUCGAUGAGCUGGACCUGAGAGCAGAGUUUGAGUCAUCCGUCUCAGGCUGUGUUGACACUCUACCACUGGCUCGUGAGAUGCUGAAGGGCCAAUGCCUUAAGAGUUUUCGGCAGGAGAACCUGGUCAGGGAGCUGCUGGGUGUGAACUACAAGGCCCAUGAUGCUUUGGAGGAUGUGCGGGCGUUACAGGCACUGUACGGUGUGCUUCAGCCCACACCAGAGUUGAUCUGCAAACACAAGUUUACUCUAGACACUAUGGAAAACAAACCAGCUCCUUUAUCUAAAGUGCCCUGUAAGAUACCAGAACAGCGCCCCCUGUGGGAGCACUUCAGACAUACAGUGACAGUCACAGAGAGCAAAGCAGAGGAACUUCAUGAAUUAUGAAACUCAAUAACAUUUACAUCAGAAAUAAAUACUGUAAACAAAUGAGACUAAACCACAGGAGACUGGCAGCCUUCACCAGCCUGUAUGGUGCAUCUUACAUGUGAAACACACUGAAGUCAGUUUCCUUGCUCGCGGAACAAAUGACAAACUGCCUGGAAAAACUCACUUAAAGCAUCCUUUUCAAAGUACAGACAAACUCCAGCAACAGUUUGUGGAAGCUUUUGAAAGGUGAGGGAGGCGUAUGGAGACAAUGCAUGCACAUCUGGAUGGUGUACAGUACUAUUUCAGCCAGAUGCAGUGUUCAGAUUGGGGUGUGAUGCGUUGCUCCUCAGCCAAAGACUUCCUUGUUUGGCUUUGUCAAUCUUACCUGCAUGCUUCAGUCUGGUAACAAUAAACAGCUGGCAUCUCUUUGUCCACAUGAGUAUGUCUCAACAAAUAUUCACACGUAUGUGUGAUUAUAUAUAAAUGGUUAACAUGUUAUGUAGGCAAAUUUUCAAAUAAUUCAUUAAUGUGAAACUGUGCUGACUGUUUUCCUUCUGUAUACAGAGUUUGGCUACUGAUUGUGAAUUAAAUGAAUUCAAGGUUCUGAUGACAGUUCUAUUUAUUUAAAUCUGCUAAUAAAUAUAUAUUUUAUUCCCA